UAAUCUGUCACUGCACAACUUGCUGUUUCUGAAUAAUAGCUUGCUGCACCAACAAUGAAACAACCAAACAAGGCAUGAUGCCUAUGCCCCCCUUUUUCUUCGUUAAUCAUCAUUGACCGCCGGCAUUUGCAUCCCGACCUUUUUUCAGCAGUAUUUUGGUCAUCGAAGCUAUUGCUUGAUCCGCGUCUAAUGUUUAGUAGCGAUCGAGUGGUAUCCCUCCAUGGCCAUUCCUCCAUUCGCGGGUCACAUCUAGCUGUCCCAUACACCGACUGGUCUCAGCACCGGAAGUCCCCUCCGACACUGCUUCAAGAGGUUUCGGCAUGGCAUAUGGUCGACCGUUUUUACGUGCACUUCGUCAGAUCGUAUCAGGAAAGCGUCAAUCUCAAGAUGAAUCCCAGCUCCCUGCGGCUACCAAAACCAAUGAAAAAAGACCAGAUGCUGCCGAUCCAAAAGGAUACCUCACGAUGGAAAGGGAGCUACGACAUACUUUUUUUACGACAUGAGUAUCGACAUAUUUUUGAUGGGGUGAUAGAGGUCACUGUAAAGUCAUAUAUGGACUCCUGGUGGUCGCAAGAAUCAUAAUGACGAUGAAUCGAUGGUGUACGUCGUUGUUGAAAGUGUGUUGCCGCUAGGCCCUUUUUUCCUGGCUAUCGCAACGUGCGCGCUAUUCCGGUGAUGAAUAUGAACAAAUGGGCGAAAAUGGACUGGCUGGGAAUUAGAGAUGAAUU